UUUGGGAUUGUACCCAUCCGCCGUGACUCAUUCCUCUCCGCCGCUUGGGACGACACCAUCAAGCUCUGGACCGUCGACCGCCCCGCCAGCCUCCGUACCUUCAAGGAGCACACCUACUGCGUCUACUCCGCCGCCCCUUGGAACCCCCGCCACGCCGACGUCUUCGCCUCCGCCUCCGCCUCCGGCGACUGCACCGUCCGCAUCUGGGACGUCCGCGAGCCCGGCUCCACCAUGAUCAUCCCGGCCCACGAGUUCGAGAUCCUCUCCCUCGACUGGAACAAGUACGACGACUGCGUCGUGAUCGCCACGGGCUCGGUCGACAAGAGCAUUCGGAUUUGGGAUGUGAGGAAUUACCGGGUCCCCGUGGCCGCGCUCAACGGGCACGGGUACGCCGUGAGGAAGGUGAGGUUCUCGCCGCACAGGGGGAGCUUGAUGGCGUCGUGCUCCUACGACAUGACGGUGUGCUUGUGGGAUUACAUGGUGGAGGAUUCGCUCGUGGGGAGGUAUGAUCAUCACACGGAAUUCGCUGUGGGCGUCGACAUGAGCGUGUUCGUCGAAGGGCUUCUCGCUAGUACAGGUUGGGACGAGCUUGUUUAUGUUUGGCAACAUGGGACCGAUCCUAGAGCUCCUUGAAUUAGGAUAACAAAUUUCAUUUUUUUGGGUCGUCCGCUCAUUGAGCUGUAUCAACUUGGGAUCAGGAUUCUGAAUGGCCAAAUUUGAAAGCGUAAUUGUCGUUCUACGGUUGAUCUUGGUAAAUGACUCGCAAAUAAAUAGAUUGUAAAUUAGAUUCAAUGAAGCAGGGAAAAUUUCUAUUU